AUGUGGGUCGUGCUUUGGUUCUUCGUCGUUCAUAUCUCUCCCCCUCGGGUCUCGUCGGAGGACUCUUUCCGUGCUCCAUUGAAAUGUGACGAGGCAUCCGAGGAAGAGGCCCACGCGAGUGCUCUCGAGGUUCCUAUGAACCCACGUCUGGGGAACGCUGCCCUCACGACGGUGAUCUCGAGGGGGAUGAACGUGUCGAGCGAGGAUCCGUCCCUGGCUCGGCUGUUGAAUCGGGGUGGAGGUCCGGUCAGGGCUAUCAUGGUGGCAUUCAAGACGAUUGCUAAUAUGGCCGAUAGGUUGAGCCUUGUGUCUACCAUCAAGGAUUGGGCAUGUGAAAUAUAUAGGAGGUUGGAAGAUCAAACGUGUACUAAAGGAAGAAACUUAGAUGCAUUGGUUGCUGGUUGCAUUUAUAUGGCAUGUUAUCAGGAAGGAAAGCCCCGCCCUGUGGAAGAAAUUAUCUCUAUUGUUGCUGGAGCCAGAAAGAAGGAAAUUGACAGGGUAACAGAAUUUAUUGUGAAACAGCUGAAGCUUGAGAUGGGUGAAUCAAUGGAGAUGGGGACCAUUCAUGCAACCUUUCUUUUUUACUGUGUUACAGCUGUCUUGGAUUGA